GAGUUGAUAUGCUCAUGUAUUUGCAGAAAAGCUGAGGAUCUGUGGACAAUGGUGCGAAUUUCUGCAGCAACCGAGCAACGUUGUUGGUUGAAGGCCUGCACAGGUAGGUUGUGCGAGUUGCGCCUUGUUAAACAGGGAACUGCCAGGCAUCCCGUCACAGCCGAGCGCUCCCUACUAUAGCAGCCUUUUCCCUGUUUCUGUAGCCCUCGCAAUGAAACGCGUGGUUGCGCGCGUCAAUUUCUUAGCCCUCAACGCCGUGUGUUUACUUCUCUCCGGUAAGGGAUGCUUCACUCGUUCGAUUCAACAUUUUAUCGACUCGGCCUCCUGCGUUUGAAACGAAUGCAACACGGCGACCCCUGCCGUCGCUUUGCGCAAACGCUCCUGUUCAUUUCCAAACCGCGCGAGAAUCGGGCGCCUUCAAAUGACCGACUCAACACUGGCUCGUGAUCCACCAAAGAAUCGGGGCAGAAAUCGACACACGUCGUUUUUUUCCUCGGGCCUCCUGUACAAUUCGAAAAUGGCCCGAAGGGUAGGCAGUGUUUGAAUUUCUCCCCGGUCUCGCAACGUCGUUUGCAGGUCGUCCAUCAUUUCGACCCAGGUUACGCUGACUCAUGCUUUUUCUUGUCCCGACGGGGCUGAAUAGCCUCAAAGAAGUUUUUUCAAUGAAAGUCUGCGCUGCUUUUAGUCGUUUGUUUCCGCUUGUUUCUUUAGUCCUCCAUCUAGGUCUCCUUUUCCGCCCCCUCAGGAACAGUGCAGGCCCCUCGUCACGGAGGGGCCCUGCCGGGCCAGGCCCGUCAAAAAAUAAAUGGAACGUCAAAGCUGCCGGGCAAGUUUCCAUGCAUUUCACUCGAAAAUGCACUUAGAGAGCAACCGCAUUUUUGUCGAGGAGGGCAACCCCUCGGCGCAGCGGGCUCAGCCCGCUCAGGUCUCGUCGUUCCUUGGUGCCUCUGUUCACGCCAGAAGGGGCGUCGCCGCCCUUCUGCUUGUCGCCCCCGUAUACAUGCUCUUCGUCGUGUUCCUCUUUCCGUUCGCUACUGAGUGUGAGUCCGCGGAUCCCCUUCCUCCCCCUAUUAGUGACAACAGCAUUUUCGAAGAUGAUAGCUUCGUCUCUUACGCCGACGACGACGUAACCGCCCAGCCUUCCUACGACGGAGAAGAAGAAAUCUUUUCCCUCGCAUAUGCGAAUCGUGAGAAAGGCAGGCCUUCCUAUCCAGAUAGUCAACGGAAAGUGGGGCAAAACGAUGCCUUCAAGGCAGACGGGUUGCACCCUGGAGGGGGCACCCUUCAGGAGGCGCCUGUAGCCUACCCUGCCAUCCAUGCAGAUCCGGAAAGGUCUGCGCUGGGCGGGGAUCCGUUCCACACUUUCACGACACAAGGCGACACCACAACUGCUACAAGGACCUCGUACAAUGUCGCGUCUGACGAUCGUGCACGUGGUACCUCGUCUGGGCCUUCGUCGGCCUCACUUGAGCCUGCAGGCAAUGCGCACCACACUGACAUGGUGGCGGCUUCCUACUCACUGACAGACCAGGGCUCAGCUACGGAGCCGCACAACGCAGGUGGGGUCAACAUUGCGCCUGCGGCUCCCCCAACGGGAGACGCUCUCCUGAAUGGAGCUGGUGACCCCGGUGCACCUAUGGCGAACGAGUCGCCUCGAUUCGCUGGCGAAGGGAUGGAUGUGGCGAAGGAUGCUAAUGAGAGGCGGACACACACGCCCCAGCAUGAUCAGAAGUGGGCGACGUUCAGCAAACGAUUCACACGGUUUCGGUUAUUUCCGGGCUUGAGAGGGCGACGUUCAUCGUGGAUGAGAGGAGACGCGGCCACCGCGAGCAUCCGCGCUCGUCAAACGAAACAGGGCCUGAUCCUGGGCCUUAUGGCCCUUGUUUCUCUCGGAGUGGUGGUGUCUAUCAUGCGACGGAAAAACUACCUCCCCGCCGUAUUAACUGAGUCUGGUUAUGUUUCAGUUCAAAGCAGGACGUAAGCGCCCGUGUGAGCGUCGGCACUCGACGCCAUAAAUGAGAGUUGCCGCUGCUGUAGGUUGCACCCCCUUCUGUAGUUGCGCCUCCUCGAGAGGUGCUUCAAAUUCAGUAUGUGCGCUUAGCUACAUGCUCAACAUAGACUCUUGACAGGGUGGUGAACACAUGAAUUUGUAACUAACGGUGGAGCCUUUAGGCUAGGCGGUCAGGGGGCGCAAGGAAAGCUGUUAAUUGUUUCACUCGUGCUGAUCCAUGAUGACACACUGGCGCAGCCUCUCGUCUACAACGAGCAGGCGGCUACAAAUGCACGAUCUGAAGUUGUGACCGUGUAUCACGCAGUGAUGCAACCCAAUGAGGAUUCGCAUGAACACUAGCAGUGCUAGGUCCAUUACCUUGUGGCAUCAUUCAAGGCCUCCUGUGUAUCGCGUAACUCGCCAUCGUGCACUCUACGUGUCCAGGACUGGCAAUUCGUGAGGUUGGCCAAGUGAACUCUUUUGGGCACAAAAGCGUUGCCCUCCCAGAGGUCUGCUCUUCUCGAAUUUGUCUAUCCACUCAACUGUUGCUGAUAAGCAUGUGCAAAUGGGAUGAUUACAUGUGCUUCCUUGUAUAACAGAAGAAGUCGUCAGUGAGUGGAUGGUCAUUUUAUGCGAGGCUUCAUGUUUAAUUUUAACCUUUUGCUUAAAAACCAAAACUUAUCGGUUUCCUCUUCAACAGGCAAAUUGUUAGGUUCAUAUACCCUUCUAUUGUUAGGAUUAAAAUUUCAGUCUCUUUUCACUCUCCUUCCGGGGUCUCUGCUCUGGGUCCGCUAAUAGAGCUUGCCGUCAGUUUUGUCUAUCCGUUAGGUACGAAAGCGUUCCAGUAGUCUCCGGACACGCAUCUUUGCUGAAUGUUGACAGCGGCAUCCUUGCUCUGUGUGUGUCUCCUGUCGCUUCAGUUUUGGACACAGAACGUACGUCGAAUUUUUAUUUGUCACCUCGCUGACCUUGCAAGGGCCGUUCCCCUCAGCGCUCCAGUGUCCAACAGUCUGCGUAGCUCAGUUUGCUGCGUCGAUGUGCCCAAGUGAAAAGCUGCUCCUGGUAUGCAUCAAUACGACAGACGCUGACGGGAGCCCUUCGCUUGAUGGAGCAGACGCGCCCUAUUGAAAUCCAGGUGUGCGAAUUCAGCAUAAAUAGUGUUUCACAGCCUGCCGGCUUGGUCUCAGUGUGGCGGUGCAUCACCGACCGCGAUAAAUGCUGAACAGUAAAGCCCGAGUGAUGCAGAAGGUCACAGCUUAUCAUCUGUCCGAAUGCUGCAUAUUGAACAGCUUAUUAGCAGUCUGCCCGCGCGCCUACCUGUAUCAAACGGUGAACGGACUGGCAACGUCACUUGCACGUUCUGAACUGUUGGCCCGGUCCGGUAGCCGUACAGUCGUUUCAUUGCUUCGCUGUAUCUGGUGCCGCCGCUCUUUUCAAGCGUGGCAGUGCAUGCCAGAAGAAACAGACAUUUCACGUUGGGGCUGUGGCUGCCUGAGCAGCCCUUUUGUCGUAUCAUUCAUUUCUCUGCAGCUCUCCUCCAUGUGGGAGGCGUGUUGUCUCAUCAAUUCCUUCUUUUGGUUUUAUCUGCACGCAAACCGUAAGUUCCUGUUUGCGAUAGCAGCCGCCACAGCUCUUGUCGUGAGUUCUGGCACAAGAGAGUGGAGCUACACAGUCGGUUCCGUCAGACUAUUUAGGGCCUCAUGCUCCUCUUCCUCCUGGCAGCGGAGUUAUCUGCCAGGUGUGGUCGAUCUGCGUCGGUCACCCAUAUCUGUUUAUGUACUCACCUGCUUUACACACGCUCAUGCAGGUUGUAAGCAGUCUACCUGUCUUUCGUCGUUAGACUGGCGAGUCGUUGACAACUGCCAAGCGGCGUUGCAACUGCGUUCACAGUGAUAUGACAUACUCGCUGCCCGUGUGUGUUGCCACGGGUGAGAUCAGGUGCACGGCUCGUACCUUCGAUGCAAUGCAGAGACUUCAUGGUUCUGGGCAGUUGCCAUCUGCGUUUACUGGUGGUUCAGGUUUUCGCAGCCGUACGUCGGUUGGGGAGAUUUGUUCUGUGAUCGAGUUGAGCCUCAUGCGAGCGACUCCGCUACAACUUCACGCGCAGUAACUCGUAGUCAGUGGACCGCGUGAACGUGGAGAUCAGGGUACUCAGUGCGAUAUUACAGUACAGAAUUCAACCCUGCGGCUGAUUCAGGUUUUCGCUGAAACAGAGAGACUCUAUUUCGUCACUAUAGGCGGACACCAUAUGCGGUUCGAGCUGGACUUCCUUUGGUGUCAGGGAACCUACGGGACUACGUGAAGCAAUUAUUUGUGUAUUUACCCGCUUGCGUUGAAACAAAUGCUUGCACCUGUCAUGAAAGACUUCGUUUAACUGGCGACAUUGUCCCUCACAGGAUCCCGUCUGUCAUUUGAAUCAUUCUAUGCAGAAGAUUCUGCAAGUACGUGUCUUACGACUGUUCUGAAUGCAACGCAGUGUAACCAGACCAUGAGGAAGAAGGUUGCAGGUUCGUAGUUUCCUGGGUACGAAAUUCCAGUGGACUUGCGUUGGCGUGCGUCCAUGUCUCGCCCGGAUAAUGCGCCACUCUAACGCUGAAGAGAGACAGCAAUUUGGUACUGCAACGCACAGUGCGCGACUUUGACGCGAUUUUCGCUUUUCAGUGAAUAGUUACGUAUAAUAGCUUUGGAUCGACAGCUGAGGAUGCUGCGACGUGGUGUAGUGAGUCACGCUUUGCUCUCUGCAGCUUCGGAGAUAAAUAAAAGAGAAUAGUCUCUUGUUGUGCUGGUGACGCACCUCUAUGAGAACGGUGAAAUGCUUGCACGAGAGACGCGUUUAGCUCGCCGUUAUGAUCUUGCGAGUGUGCAACGGAUAGUAUGUGGCAACGCUUGGCCAAGAACGUGCUUUCCGGUUGCCUGUUUUCUUGCUGUCCAGCCGAUACUGUCAAGGAAAUCGGACGGUUGUGGCUUUCCUGCUGCUCUCUCUGAACGGGACGCGAUUCGCACAGCAAGUCCGCUUGGGCUGUUUUACAAUAGGAUCUGUUCCUUAUCUUGCGUACAUCAUAGCUCCACGGAUGAAUGGGAGUUCUGGUGGAGACGUUGAAAGCAUGUGUCGGGGACAAAGAACAUAAGCAAAGGAGUUACUCCAGGUGUGCUUGUGCUGUUCGCGUGCCUGGCACUGAACUCACGAGUGCAUCCAGGCUGGUGCAAGAGAACUAUUCAACUCCUUGGACUGUCGCGCAUUACUUGCAACCUUCAGUUCGCGAUUGGGUGAUUCCUGUGAACCUGUUGUAGUUCUUAUGUAGGCGACGAUGUUACAUCCCGUGUUGUUGAAAUAACACUUGCGUGCAUCCAACCAUACACGAGCUACAGAAGGGUCACUGACAUUUGACGCGGUUUCGAUGUGAAAUUCUCAGAACCAAAAUGUAUGUUUCGCCAAGGCGUUAAGCAGGUCUUCAUCUGGUGGUAUUGGGAGCAGUAUGCGGAGGAGAAACACCAUUCCGGGGAACAAGCGGAGUGAAGGUAAACCUCAAGUGGCGCAACCGCGUAAAGGCUGAGAGUUCCGGAGCGCUGUGCGACGGCCCUCAGCGGAGGCACAGUCUCCUGGGUAGAGACGCGGCUAAAUACUUCAUGCACACGUGUAGCAACUCAAACAACGUGACCAGCCGAACCCUUGACGAUUCAGUCGAUGGAGCACUGCUUGACGAAAUGGAAAGAUGUGUAACUGUUGUAACAACGGGAAGCAUGCCUGUGUCAGGGAGAAACAUUGUGGUUGAGCGCUUGCAGAAUCCUUUGGAGCAGCCCCUGCUCCGUCUCCAUGAGCGUCGCACUUUGUCCCGUUGCUAGAGGCACCUUGGGGAUUCUCUGGAACGUUUCUUCAUGCAUCCCGAAGUCACGACAGUGCUGGGAUUGGACAGAAGAGCACGACGCCUUCAAAGCUUCCAGUUAGUGAUAAGCCAUUUGAGGUAUCCUCCUGUUCUCUUUGGCUCGCGGCAUCUGAGAGGCGGCAGGCAGGACAUCAUCAAGCAGUCGAUUUAAUGACAAUGGACGCGUUCGGUCUCUAUGUGGGCAUACAACAGAGGCUGGCAGCAGUAAGUGGUCGUCCCUACGACCGACCUACGCCCCAGAGUUCGACCAUAUGAAACCUGCCAAGUUAAGUUGGUCAUCGUCGCAUUCUGUGGCCCGUGGCGUGCACGAACGCUUUAUUGACCUUCUCCUGUGCAAACCAGGAGUCUCGGGCAGACACGGGGGUCGCUUUCUGAGAAGACACCCACGGAGACCACUGCCGUAAGUGUUACAGGAGCGCGUUAAUCUGUCCGGCUAUUUUGACAGGAAGUCUUCCCUGUAUGAGUAGUCGCCUAGCACGUCUACGGGAGGUGUUGGAGAGUGGUUAACACGCGUCGUCAGAAAUAAUUCUGCCGACGCGGUCAGGCCCGUGGCAUUAUUAUUGGAUUCGGUGUGACACAAGGGAGAGUCGGUAAGCUGGAGUCGAUGCCCACCUGUUAGUCACAUCGUUGUGUCAAGCACGACUCCCGGGGCUAAAACAGCAUGCCACAUGGGCCUCCUGAGACUGUGCUUCUUCCCGUUACACAGGAGGACAUGUCGAAGCGAGUGAAAGGGGUGAUAGUUACAUCUCACAUUUCGGCGACAUUAUAGAGCAGCAUUAGUCGCAGAUGCAGUCACUCCAGUCUGCAAGGCAAACCCUUCGUUGCAUGGACAUGUGUAUACCCCAGAGGAGGCAGUCUCAUGCGGGACAGAGAACAGUCAAAAUCAUUAAUUGGACGCUGCACCCUGGUUGCCAGAAUCGCGCAUACUCUUGAUAAGCAAUUCGCUCAGGAGGACCAACGUUUCUUCCUAAGCUUCAUCCUGUAGAACGGCAUACUAAACGCAUGAGUUCCGCUUCCUUGCGCUAACCCUGCUCUCGAAACUUCUGUGGCAAACACGCAACCUAAAAUUAGUUUUUUCAUGCGUGACACUCAAACAUUACUGUCGUAUCUCUGAACGUGUUUGUGUGUUGGAGCGACGCUUGUUGCCGGUGCUUCCUUUUUGUUACAAGAAACCGCACGUAAGCUGAAGUUGCCUGUGUCGACACCGCAAUAUUCUCGGCAUUUGUUCCUCUCACAAUCAAAUGAUGUUAUCCUUGUGCUUCUGUCACCCGAGUUCGCUUAGCCUGGCCGUAGACAUGCAGGAGAAUCCUUGGUCAUUCGUACCAGACUACGUGAUGGCGCUGGAACGGCUCUUACGAAAGGCGUAAUAAGAACCCUCUUUUCGAAGGCAGCACUAUUUGAGCGUGACUGCUUAAAAUCUAGAGUAGAGGGAGGGGGGGUCAUGGAAAAACGUUCCGCAUGCUCCUCUGUUAACCUGUAUGUUUCGACUCGUGCAGAAGGGCACGAGAUUCUUUCUGUAUAGCCGGAGCUGCUAAGGUUGUUUUUCGCCAGUAGCUCAUGAUGCAUAAAUGGUUUCGGUGUGAAGAAACGGCAGCACGCGGGAGCAGCAUGGGUGUGAAUAAAGACAUCCAUAAAGGUGCUGAUUGUAAAUGUCGUUUUUUUAUAUACUUAGAUUUCACUUGACACAGUCACAGAAGCGGGGUUACAGUACUCUUUCAUUUGAUCGCGUACGCACCAAAAUAAAUAUCUUUCAGGCUGAGCAAGUACGAUAAGCUCUUUUGGUCUUUACCAACUCGAAGGUGUAUAUGUUUGCAUAUGUUUCCAGCGCCUUUCGCCAUUCACCGGUCGUCUAAAAAAGGAUCACACACUCACCCAGUGCUUUACCAAUGUGAAACACGCAUUUGUGACGUACCCAGAGUCCGCGAGCGACUGGCGUGUUACGCGUGACUCAGUCGGAACUAGAGGGAUUGUUGAAUUCCAACGAAUCGCGUAUUUACGCAAGAGAAAAGCACUUCGCUCUGUAGGCCGCACGAUGCGUGACGAGGGGCUGAACUUGUACUACUCUUGUUACCGUGUAUGACUUCAGCCGCAUCCCGUAAGUUUCUACUCCAAGGUACUGUGAUUUGUUCCAAAAGUGGAUGAAAGCAUACCUGCUGUCAUGAGAUCACUGUCACCGAGGUAUGACGGGCCGUUUGCUGCUAGGUUUGAGCACAAGCGGGAGCAAUGGACUCGCUGCAAAUUGCCGCCACAGUCUGUUAGUCGUAUGUCGAUCUUGCGUUGCAAGCGUUUUUGUUGGAACAGGGGUCACGGGGGAGGAUCUACCGUCUGCGCAGCUGAUGGUGCACCAAUGCUGUUUGGGGUGAUGCCGAAUUAGUUACUAGGAGCAGCGUGUGGGACCUCCAGCAUUGUGUGCAAUAUGACGUGGAAGUCAGACGCUGGAUCGGGAGGAGACGCGGCAUGCUGAUGAAUCACCCACAUACGCAAGGGAAGACGCAUCGCUCUCUCGGGUGCCAUGCGGUAGGCGGUGAGGAGCGAUACGUCUACAGGAUGUGUUUAUUCUUCGUCACUGCAGGAGAAAAUGGUAAGAUUCCAGCCUGGCUCUCUGUGACUUGAUGCGCAUCCGCUUGCACCAGUGGUCUUCGCUGUGGUGCCGACGGGGUCAAUAGGUGACUGUGUGUGACAUCCCCCAUCAUGUGUAGCAUCACGGGCAAGUCAGAAGGUGGAUGCAUCGGAAAUAUGGAAUUCGACGAAUCACGUCGUUUCGCAGAGCAAACGAGAGUCACACUUCCGGGUGCCACGAGAUGUGGAGCCAGGGCGUAUGAGUCCUAUGUACAAUUUUACCACGUGUCACUGCAGGUUCCAACCGUACGCCUCCUAUGCAGCUCCCGCUGAGACGCGCGAAGUAGAUGAACACAUAGUCCUUGGUCUUACCUGAUCGUUGUCGGGUGCCGUUGACAGUACUUGCGCUGGGUGUGGGUGAGAGCAGUGGACAGGCUGGAAAUGGUUUCCAUCGUCGGUCAUUCGUGUGUCGUCCGGGCGUUGCAAAAGUUUCUGUUGGAUCGGGAGCUCAGCUGGGAUGGUGGAGCGGCUGUUUGCGUAUUUGCUGUUCCAGCAGCAGUGGUUGUGGCGGCGGUGAAUGGCUUUCUGGACCACAGCGCGUGUCUCAUCCCCGAUCAUAUGGCAUGUCACGUACCAGUUAUUCGCUGGAUCGGGAGGAGUUGUGGCAUGCUGGUGAGUCACGUACACACGCAAGGAAAGACGCGUCUCUCUCUCGGGAGCCCCGCGAUGGGCGGUGAGGGGAUAUAACUCUACUGUAUAUGCUUACCGUGUAUCACUGCAGGAGGAGCUCGUAAGCCUCAAGCACGGAUUUGUCUAAUUUAUGCCAUGUAGAUGAGCACUUAGCAGUUCGUAGCAGCUGAUUCUCGCCGAGACGGUUGUCAUGUUUUGCUCUACGCUUGGGUGACAGCAAUGGAAACGCUGCAUAUGGUUGCCAUAGUCGGUUAUUUGUGUGUGGCGGGGUUGGUGCAGAAUUAAGUGUUGGAUGGGCGGGUCACUCUGGAUUGUGAGGCAGCUGUUAGCGUGGAUGUCCGUGAGCGAAUUGUGUUCGCGAUGGUGUUAAAUGAGCCACUAAGCGACAUUGGGUCUCCACCCCUAGGGGUGGAAUGGUGGCUCUGACGUGUGGUCUCGAGGAUGCUAAUUUGUCGGUUGUAAGGUGUGCGGCUGGGGUGCAGAAUGAGUUGUCGCAUGCGAGUGUUGAACGAGGAAUCAGGUGUCCUUGAUUCUUUUUCUAGCGUUUACUGGAAUGUUCGGGUGUGACGCUUCCUCAGGUGACAGAUCCGGUAAGCGCCGGUGUUUUUGCUACAAUAUGCUAGUAAAGCUGAUACUGCUAAAGGGAUGAUCGAGAGUGAGACGACGCGGCGAGGAAGCAGGUUGACAACGAACAGUAGGGAAACUGUUCUUUAUAAGAGCACGUACCGGUGCAUGGGUACCAGAAGAGCGCAUCCUGAAAGCUGACUCGUGGCCAGUGGUUUAUUGAGUGUGCGGCACGUGUGAAUCUUUAUAUUUUGAUGCAGGAGACGUAUAUUCCGACAGUAAGGGCGUAUAGUAGAGUGCAGCGUGGAGCUUUGUUCGUACGCCUUCCCACAAAAUGAUUUUGAGUACUGCCAUCAUCUUCUGCAAGGGAAAUUGGGUACAAACGCUGCGGUCAUAGGCUCAUUUCACUGCCUCGCGAACACCCCCAGCACAGAGAAAUACGUGCAGACGUUAGUUCCCAUUAUCACUAGUGCAAUACACAUGCCAGGAUCUGUUUGCUGAUUUGAUCGUACGGUGAUCUUCCGUUGUGCUUCGUGAUUAUAAUUAGGCGCAGUUUCCAAAGGAGCUGCUAAGGACGUGGUGAUUCGAGUGACUGAUCCCACAGUAACGGUAUUUGCGGUGGACAGCAUGUGACCUCGCGCAUGUCUGUGAAAUGCACAGUUAUAUCUCAAUUUUUUGUGGCAACGGUAUGAAUCUCUUCAGUUCGCUGUGCUGGUAAGUUGCAAUAUUUACACUCCCCGUCGCAAAUCUGCAUUGCCAAGACUCGCGGCAUUGCAUGCGUUGACCGAGUAUUCAUCAUGCCGUACACGUAAGACACCCUCGAUGUCGCUGGCAGUCUCCCGUGUUGUGAUUUUCUUUCGUUUUGGUUGUUCCUUUGUCGUCGAUUCCAGUCGGUGAGUUACACUCGGCUCAGCAAUGCGAGUAGGACUGGGUAGAAGAGAGCGGCCAUUCUCCACAUACACACUGGGAUAGAACAAUCGAAGGAGCUGUCGCUGAACACCCCUGCGUCGUAUAUUCGACGUGUUCUCAGAUUUUGUCUGUAAGCGCAUUGCCCAUAACAGAAACAGUCGACCGCGGCUGUGUGUGCCCGGUAUUUUAGUUGGUUGCCAAUAUUCGUCAAUUUCAUCCUGCGCA